UUAGCCUGUUCGCUUCACAGUUUCACACGGCGCAGUCGCCGUGCUGUCAAAAUCUUUAUUUUCCUCAUAUGCUAGUUUUCAUUACUCUUCACCUUAUGUUGAUGUCGGUUUUAAAUGAACGUAUGCUUAAUCUCGUGUUCUCCGUUUGUGUUCGUUGAUAUGAGGUGUGUUUUGGACUCUGGAUGCAGCUAGGUGAUGGACACACAGCAGUUGAGUGACGAAGAAAGAGUUGUGUUGCCAGACGUGCGACGCCGGAGAAGAAAGAAAGCCAUCACCUCGUCUUCACGCAGCUCUAUGGACCAAAUCACUGUGGAGUUUGUCCUCCCAGUCGUCUCUCCAUGUGGAGGUACCUUGGAAAAUAUCAAGCUGGAUGUGGCUGGAAACUGGACGGUAGAGCAGGUGAAAGCUCAGGUGUGGAUGAAAGCCAUGACUUCCAGCGCCUGCCCAGACUUCUACCAGCGCCUCUCACCGGACCACUGCAUCCUGCUCUACCAGAAGAAAGGCAACAUGUGUGAGAUCUAUGACAAACACCAGGUCUUCCAGACGCUGGACUGCAUCCGCUACUGGAAAGCUCUGAAAAAAGACGUUGGCAGAAUCAGACUGGUUCCUCGCCUGGCGCCGUCGGACGAGUCGCUGCAGUACCAGCGCUACCUCAACUACCUGAUUGGCUACGACGUGACUGAUGUGAGCAACGUACACGACGACGAACUGGAAUUCACUCGCAGGAAGCUGCUGACGCCACGGCGCCUCGAGCUGAUGGACAGAGAUCUGAAACUCUACUCCAUGGACCCCUGGGUGACCCGCAAGCCACUGCGUGAGCCGCUACUGAGCAAGGUCAGUAACGGCCACAUCCUGGUGGCGAUCCACACCGGCACGUCCAGUCAGACCCUCAAGGUCUCCAUCGAUGACACCCCAGCUCAGGUUCUGUCAAGCUUUUUUAGCAAAACAACCAACAAGCGAGUUCUUCUGGGCAUUCCAGACCACAUGACUGAUACAGACUUCGUUCUUCGUGUGUGUGGCAGAGACGAGUUCCUGUAUGGAGAGAAACCUCUGCAGAACUUCAACUGGAUACGCCAAUGUCUGAAGAACGGGGAGGAGAUCCACUUGGUUCUGGAGACACCACCAGACCCUCAACUGGACCAUGUACAUGAAGAAGACUGGGCUCAGGUGGAUGAUUGUACCGGGGUGGCAGGUACUCACGAGCAGCUCACCAUCGAUGAGAAAGAUCACGAGCGUGUCUUCACCAUCUCCAUGUGGGACUGCAACAGGAAGUUCAGAGUGAAGAUUUUGGGAAUAGACAUCCCCUCCCUACCCAAAAUCCCCGAUUAUGUGGUUUUCAUUGAGGCCAGCAUCUUCCACAGCCAGCAGCUGCUCGCUCAGGAGAGAACAUCAUCAAAAACCUUCAACGAGGAAGUGUUGUGGAACUGCUGGCUGGAGUUUAACAUCAAAAUUAAGGACCUGCCGAAAGGAGCUCGCCUCAACUUGCAGGUGGUCUGCAGGAAACAGUCACCCACUCCCAACUCCAAAGGAGGUUCCUCUCAAGACCACAUGGCAGCAGCAGGAGGCAACCAUGAAGGGAAGUCGAAGAGCCGCCUGCUGUACUAUGUGAACCUUCUGCUGAUCGACCAUCGCUCCCUCCUGCGGCAGGGCGAGUUCGUCCUCCACAUGUGGAAGAUGCCAGAGAAGAGUGAAGAGAGCAGCACCAGCAGCAGCAUCAACGCAGACAAGCUCACGUCGGCCACCAACCCGGACAAGACGACAUCCAUGGCAGUCGCCAUCUUACUGGACACCUACUGUUACCCGGUGGUGCUGCCCAAGAGCAGGGACCGGGACUCCGCAGGUGAAGAUGUCGAGGGUCGUGAGAGAGGGCAGAGAGAGAUGCCCAACCAUCUGAAGAAGCAGUUUGAAGCCAUUGUGGCGACGGAUCCUCUUCACCCACUGAGUCCCGAGGACAAGGAGCUGCUGUGGCACUUCAGACACGAGUGCAUGAAAGACCCCAGGGCGUAUCCAAAGCUGCUGAGCUCGGUCAGGUGGGGGAAGCAGGAGGACGUGCUGGCGACACACCGAUUGUUGGAGCGCAGCAGUGUGUGGGACAGCAGUGGUCGGGACGUGGGCUUGGCUAUGCAGCUGCUGGACUGUCACUUCUCUGACGCUCGCGUUCGCUCCCUGGCUGUGAGGAAGCUGGAGACCUUGGAGGAUGAUGACGUGCUGAGAUAUCUCCUGCAGCUUGUGCAGGCAGUCAAGUUUGAGCCUUAUCACGACAGCGCGCUGGUCCGAUUCCUGCUGAAAAGAGCGCUGCGGAGCAAGAGAAUAGGGCACUUCCUCUUCUGGUUCCUGCGGAGCGAGAUCGCCCAGUCCAUGCACUACCAGCAGCGGUAUGCAGUCCUGCUGGAGGCUUACCUGAGAGGUUGUGGUCAGGCCAUGCUGCAGGAUUUUGGAAAACAGGUGGAGAUUACGGAGGCCCUGCAGAAAGUGACUCGAGAGAUAAAGACGGUUUCGGCUGAGAAGUAUGACGUCACUGCUCAAGUGGUGUGUCAGCUGCGUCAGAAGCUGGAGGCUCUGCAGUCUUCUGGUCUACCUGAGAGUUUCAGGGUUCCAUAUGAUCCCGGGCUGCGAGCUGGUGCCCUGCUGAUCGAUCAGUGUAAUGUCAUGGCGUCCAAGAAGAAGCCUCUGUGGCUGCAGUUCAAGAGAGCAGACCCGACAACUCUGUCCAGAGACCCUAUCGGCAUCAUCUUCAAGGACGGAGACGACCUCAGACAAGACAUGCUCAUCCUGCAGAUUUUACGAAUCAUGGAGUCCAUAUGGGAAACGGAAUCGUUGGAUCUACGCCUGCUGCCGUACGGCUGCAUCUCCACUGGCAACAGAAUAGGUAUGAUUGAGAUCGUGAAGGAUGCCACCACCAUCGCCAACAUUCAGCAGAGUGUGAUGGGAAGCACUGGAGCUUUCAAAGACGAGAUCCUCAACCAGUGGCUGAGGGACAAGUGUGUCAGCGAAGACAAGUUCCAGCAGGCGGUGGAGAGGUUCCUCUUCUCCUGCGGAGGCUACUGUGUUGCCACCUAUGUUCUGGGAAUUGGUGACCGCCACAACGACAACAUCAUGAUCACAGAGUCUGGAAAUCUUUUCCACAUCGACUUUGGUCACAUUUUGGGAAACUACAAGAGUUUCAUGGGGAUCAGUAAAGAGUGGGUUCCCUUCGUGCUCACUCCUGACUUCCUGUUUGUCAUGGGAACGAGCGGGAAGAAGAGCAGCGCCCACUUCCAGAAGUUCCAGGAUGUGUGUGUGAAAGCAUACCUCGCCCUUCGUCACCACACCAACUUGCUCAUCAUCCUCUUCUCCAUGAUGCUAAUGACAGGAAUGCCACAGCUAACCAGUAAGGAGGACAUUGAGUACAUCCGUGAGGCCCUGACUGUGGGGCGGAGUGAGGACGAGGCACAGCGCCACCUCCUGGACCAGAUAGAGAUCUGCAGAGAGAAAGGUUGGAUGGUUCAGAUCAACUGGUUUGUUCACCUGGUGCUAGGCAGCAAACAGGGUGGGGAGAAACGCUCCACAUGAACCAGCCACUCUGGCAGCUUCUGAUGUUCAAAAGCUGCGUGGUGAAUUCCUGCAAGAAGGAAAGCAUUUUGGUUUGUAAAAGCGAAAGAUAAUCUGGACAAUCUUGAUGAAGUCUCCAUCUAAACAUAUACACUUAGAGUCAUUCUGCAGUCAAGAAUGUUAACAGACGACAAGUCAGUGACUGAAUCAACCUGCUGUAGUCAGAAGGUUAGAAAAGCACCUGUUACAUAAGAAUGACAAAUGCUGAGUUAGCAGAUAACAUCGGGAGACAUAUUUUACUCUCAAGUUUCACAAAUAUAAAGCUCUUUUUUGUAUUCACUUGAAACAGUAUUACUCUGCACACUGUUGUUUUUAUUUUUUUAACUUGCCACUGAAGUAUUCUAUUUUUUACUACCUGAACAAAACAAAGAAAAUAAAUUAUAGUCCAAGAUACAUGAUUAAAAAAAUCAUAUUCAAUAUAUUUCAUCUUAUUAUUGAACAGCCGACUUGAACUUAAUGUGAAACUUAACUUGAAAUGAUACAUAUUUAAUGUCUUAAUAAAACAUGCCUAUUGUUUGUUCAAGAUAAAAAUGUAUGUUUGUCCUGUCCACUUCAAAGAAUAUUUGAACCCACAUGACAAUAAA